CAAUUAUAUGUCAAGCUUUUUCUUCUUUUUUUUUUUUUUAAUAAAUUACAAUUUUUACUUUUUUUUUUUCCUUUUCCUACUAUCCAUUUAUGAUUUACCAUACAUUGUAAGACCAACAUAGAAAAGCGAUUAAUCAAGAACCAUUAUCUUUGGAGAAGAGUUUUGUUUGUUUCCUUGUACAUAAAGAAUGAAAUUCUUUUGAGAUACGAAGCUUCCUUGGAAUGAGAAAAACUCAUAUCAUUAUCAAAGUUCACAUGAUUAUAUAAAUGGAUUUUGUUGCAAGUUGCAGUAACAAGAUCAAUGACAGACAACACCAAGAAAAGAAAAAUGCGGCUUUGGCAUGUGUCAUUCUUACCGUUCUGUUUCUUGUUCUUGAUUUUUUUCCUCUUUCAAUUCAAUCCUAAUGAUGAAAUCUCUGCAACAAGCAUGUUAUCGGUUGAUAUAAUCAACAAAACCUGUAAAACAUGCUCAGACAAAUCCACCGUCUUCAACUACACUUUCUGCUCGGCAUCUCUCCAGGAAAUUCCCGUUAGCCAUAUGACAAACCUUCAAGGUCUAGCAAUAGUUGCAAUGGAGCUAGCUUUACAAAAUGCGACCAACACACUUUCAAUCAUAAAAGGGUUACUGAACAACAAAACUUUGGGUCCUUUUUCUUCGGCUUGCUUGAGGGACUGCUCUCUGCUUUACUCUGAUGGGGUUGUCACUCUGGUGGAUACUAUUGGAGCACUUUUGACGGGGCAGUAUGGAAAUGCUGGUGCCUGGGUGAGUGCAGUCAUGGAAGGAACUACAACGUGUGAGGAAGGUUUUCAAGAUAUGGAAGAAGUGUCUCCAUUGACAAAACAGAAUGACAGUAUUUUCCAGUUAUGUGAUGUUGCAUUAUGCAUCAUGAACUUGCUUGAUUCAAAUGUUUAUAUUCUUAAAUCUUAUUGAACUAAAAAUUUCCCCUGUUUCUUGGCUAUUUUAUGGCGCUAAAUGCACAAAUUUUUUGACUUUUGGCAAAUCUUUUAUGCAUGGUUCUGUGCUGCCAUUAUUGUACAUUGUAAAAGUAAAAAUCGGGCCAUAGAUACAGCAAAAUUCAUAAAAAUCAAUAUUACGCACAUCAGCAGAUAAAGCCACAUUCCCAUAGUUUUUCCAAUCAGUCUCCUAGUCCCAUGUCAUAUGGGAACCUUCUUAACCUGCCUAAAGCCAAGUAUUUUCAUUCACUUCCAGAAAAAAGAUA